CAUCUGACUGCGGGUCGGCAGCAGUUCCUGCGGGGGGCUCUUGGGCUGGGGUGAAGUAAGAGAUGCCAGAGGCAGGUUUGACAUCAAUAUCGGGUACUUGCUUCGAAGCCAUGGUCAAAAUUUGAGCUUGGGCGGGAAUUGUAGGUCAAUUGCACUGAGAUGCCCAGAAGAGGGGUUUCGGGGUUAUAUGCGACGAGCGGCUUAGAAAUCAUGGCGAGUUGGUGAUGUCAAGCCUCGGUAGAGUGGAUGCAACGGCGAGAUGGGCGCUCUAUGUUUCCGGCAUAUUGUAUAGUUUCGGAGCAUCUGUUUCUCCCUUCUCUCACACAGCAAGGGCAAAUCGCUAUACAGAAGGGCUGCCAUCAGAAAGUAACUGCAAGCGAGGUGCAGACCGCUUCUUCUUGCGAAGGCAUUGUGCCUCUCUUCAUCCCGUAUCCACCGAUUUUGCAGGAUGCAACCGAAGACAUAAAGGCGGUUUCUGGGACAUUCUCUCCAGAUACAUAAAUCAACGACAGGCCAGCCGGAGCUUCAAAUUUCUGCCCUGGAGCAAGUGCAUGCGAGUUCGGAGACGCGCCUCCACUCCGUGGUCCGCAUCCCGCCAAAACUUUUUCCUUGGGGUGACUCAACGCUCCGACCUUAAUAUUUCCCCCCUCCUUCCAUUCUCCAUUCCAAUUCUCAAUUCUCCCCGUUAACUGUACUACACCAUAAAAAAUGGGCAAAGGAAAGAUCUGUGUCGCCUUCAGCGGUGGUCUCGACACCAGCAUUAUCUGUUAGCCUUCUCCGGUCUCCCCCAAUGCUUCCCCACGUGCUCCGGCUGAUCCAA